ACCCGGAAAUCUUUUGAUGUGGCAGGGUCUCGGUUUAACUCUAUGAUCCGACAAAUGUUCUAAUGUCGCAUAGCCUAAAUGCUGUGUUUUGGGGGUUUUUUCCCCAGCUACUACAAUACUGAUCAAACCAAAGUCUGAAAAGACAUCCGGGUUGCCAGAUUGUCACUGCGUGUACAGCCAUGGAAAGUCCAAAGCACGUUUUCACUUACACCAACAAGGAUUUUGCGCACGAUGUGUGCCGGACUGAUGGGAAAAUGACUGACAGGACGUCCAGGUUUGAUGUCGCCCUGAGAUGUGGCUGGGCGGAGAUGAUGAAUGCCGGGCUUUUCAGAUAUCAUCUGGCGCAUCUGGAGACGCGUGUGUUACCCGGGGAGUGCGGAUAUAUCGCCCAGCUCAACGUUCAGAGAGGCAUCGAGAGGAGAAAACCUCAGAUCAUCCUGAGCGUCCAGCAGCAGCUCGAUCCCAAACUCUUUAACUUCAAUAAAAUCAAUUCGGCCGAAAUCUUGUUUGAAAUGCGCAGAGAGGAGGAGGAGGAGGAGAUUUCCGCUCAGAAAGGAUGCGCUCAAAACGGAACACGUGCCUCGUGUGUUGUGAUCAUAAACACGAGUCCGUUAGAGUUUGGUCACUGCUUGCUGGUACCCGAACCUUCCCGGUGCCAUCCUCAGAUCUUAACGCCCUUCGCGCUCCAAAUCGGGCUCGAGUCCUUGUUUCUGAGCGCUGAUCCCGGAUACCGAGUCGGGUUUAACAGUCUCGGGGCGUUUGCCUCUGUUAAUCAUCUACACCUUCACGGAUAUUACUUGAAUCACGCUUUAAGGAUCGAGUGCGCCGGCACAGAGCUCAUCCUUCCCCAAAAGCGCUUGUACCGGCUUGUGGACUUUACGAAAGCAUUCAUGUUCUACACGGACCGCCACGAGGAAACACGCACCACCGCCGCCACCGUCUGCAGGCUCACAGACCUUCUGGUCGAGAGAAAUAUCGCCCACAAUGUCUUCAUGACCCGAGGCUGCCAUCCAGACAGUGAAGACAAAGCCCUGUCCUUACUGCGCCACGGCGUGCGCAUCUUCAUCUGGCCCCGAGUGUCGUGUUUUGGGGCCAAACAGGAGUCAGCCUUUAACGUGGCUCUGUGCGAACUGGCCGGCCAUCUUCCCUUUAAAAACAGAAAGGACUUUGAGGGCUUGGAUGAGGAUGGGGUCAGAGCAAUUGUUCAGAAGUACCUUCUCAGUGACCAAGAGUUUGCUGACUUGCAACAACAAAUUAUUGAAAAAUUAUAAACAGAGGGGCGUAGUGGUUAGCACUGUCGCCUCACAGCAAGAAGGUUCGAGCCCAGCGGCCUUUCUGUGUGGAGUUUGCGUGUUCUCCCCAUGACUGUGUGGGUUUCCUCCGGGUGCUCCGGUUUCCCCCAAAGGCUAAUUGGUGGCUCUGAAUUGACCGUAGGUGUGAAUGUGAGUGUGAAUGGUUGUUUCUCUCUGCCCCUUUUCCACCAAAGCAGUUCCAGGGCUGGUUCGGGGCCAGUGCUUGGUUUAGAACCAGGUUUUCUAUUUCCACUGACAAAGAACUGGCUCUGGGGCCAGAAAAACCGGUUCCAGGCUAGCACCAACUCUUUGCUGGGCCAGAGGAAAGAACCGCUUACGUCAGCGGGGGGGAGGCGAGUUGUUAAGACCAACAACAAUAACAAGACCGCGAAAGAUCGCCAUUUUUAAGCAACGAGAAGCAGCAGCUGUACAAACGCGAAGUCAUCCAUUAUUAUUGUUGUUGUUGUUGUUGCUGCUGCUGCUUCUUCUGUGUUGUUUUUGCUUCGAUAUUCGUGCCAAGGUUUAUGCAAACAUAACUGACGUAUACAGCGACAUAAUGACGUGGCUUCCCUUAGCACCGCGAGCUAUGGAAAAGCAAACUGGUUCUCAGCUGGCUCGCAAGUUGAAUGAGUUGUGAACCAGCCCUGGAACUGAUUUGGUGGAAAAGGGGUAUAUGUGUCAGCCCUGUGAUGACCUGGCGACUUGUCCAGGGUGUACCCCGCCUUUCGCCCGUAGUCAGCUGGGAUAGGCUCCAGCUUGCCUGUGACCCUGUAGAACAGGAUAAGCGGCUACAGAUAAUGGAUGGAUGGAUGAAUUGACUGAGUGUGAAUGGUUGGUUUUCUCUGUGUCAGCCCUGCAACUUGAUCAUGGGCCUCUCGCCCAUAGUCAGCUGGGAUAGGCUCCUGUGACCCUGUAGAACAGGAUAAGCGGCUACAGAUAAUGGAUGGAUGGAUUCUAAACAGAACUGCUGAGUAUUUAUGCAAAUUAAAGGUGCUGUGUAUAAAUAUGUUUCUAGAUGUCACCUAUAAUAACCAUAGGACUUCAAGGAUACCUUAGAAAAAUUUACUCAUUCAUUCAUUCACUUUCAGUAACCACUUGUCCUGAUCAGGGUUGUGUGUGAGGACCUUAGAAAUCUUGCCCUGCAAUGGAUCAGGAUAUUUUCUGCAGUUUGCCUUCAAGGCAGCAGAGGGCUCUAAAAAUUAAAUUACUUGAAUGACUUGACUUGUUCUCUUAUAUGUAAGUGACUUGAUCAUGUAUCCAUGUUAUAGUCAGAGAUGUCCAGAAGUGCCGACAACCAGUGUUUUUUUUUCUUUUUUUCUUUCCACCUACACAGACGGUCUGCGCCGGCUACUCAAUCCCAGAAAAAAAUAAAUUAAAUAAAAAUUUGCCUUUCAAUGUUCAAGUGAUUUUUACAUUGUCUCUGCUGCCCAUAAUUUGCUGCAAAUACAAUUAUUCCACCACAAAAUUGUCUUUGAUUCGGGUCUAGCAUGACUGGAAGCAACACCAUAUCUGUUGAUUGAUUCUCGUGCUCUGAUUGGCUGAGCCGGACCAUGUGACCACGCCUUAGCAAACAGUAAAGUCACAGUUGGUUGUUGUUGCAGACGAUUUUGUUCAGUUUUCACAAAAUAUUUUGUAAUGUAAUUUACACGUGCACCAAAUAAGCUCACCAUGUUACAGAGCCAGGCACAGUGCCGUAUUAAGCCAAUGCGGUGCCCCUGGGCACUAUACCUCAAGUGCCCGCGCGCACGCGUUCAGUAACCUCCUGCACACACUCACAAACCUUGCCCUUUGCUGUCAAAAAUAGUAGCAUAUACAUAAACAAUAGUACACAUAAACAAGGUCAUUCUUCCUCAUUGAAAAUGUAUGAAGUAGGCUACAUCAGCCCAUCAAAUUCACUGAAAACAACCAACGAUAUGCAUGUAGGCAUAUUGAAAUGUCUUAUUCAAAAAUGAGCAGCAUUUGUAUGUCUCAAGGGGAUCCUCGUCGUGUUUUUAUUAAAAAAAAAACACGAUCUAACACUGGAACAUUUUUAAUUGCAGCUACAUGCCUGGAGUCUUUCUCUUUUUUUAUUUUCUCUUCGCACAACCACUCAAUUGAUGUCUUUCCAUUUUUCAUUUCUACCGCGGUUUUUAAAAAAUUGAUACAUUUCACCGUAGGUGGACUGGCUCAACUGACAGGUUGAGGAAAGGGGGGUUAAUGGUCACAUAGGCCACUCUUGCUCAGAAUUAUGAUUAUUGUUGUUCUUAUGAAAUUAGUGUUCAUAAUGAAUUAUAUAUGACUAUUUAACAAUGUC